AUGAACCUGGAGAGGGCCGCUGGCAGCGACGGAUUGCGGCAACCGUGCAGGCGCGCCGCGGUGAAGCUGGCGGAAGGGCUCCGUCGCAGCCUGGCGACGCCCGGCAGCUGCCCCCUGGUGGCGUUCGAGGCACGGUCGCCGCCAUCCGUUGCUGUCCAGCGGGCCUCUCUCGCACGAGAGGGCCGCUGGCAGCGACGGAUUGCGGCAACCGUGCAGGCGCGCCGUGGUGUGGCUGGCGGGGGCGGCGAGCUGUGGCGGCGCCUGGCGACGCCCGGCAGCUGCCCCCUGGUGGCGUUCGAGGCACGGUCGCCGCCAUCCGUUGCUAGGGCCGCUGGCAGCGACGGAUUGCGGCAACCGUGCAGGCGCGCCGUGGUGUGGCUGGCGGGCUGCGGCGGCGAGCUCGACGGAUUGCGGCAACCGUGCAGGCGCGCCGUGGUGUGGCUGGCGGGGGCGGCGAGCUGUGGCGGCGCCUGGCGACGCCCGGCAGCUGCCCCUUGUGGCGUUCGAGGCACGAGGGUUGCUGGCAGCGACGGAUUGCGGCAACCGUGCAGGCGCGCCUGGGCUCUCUCGAAGGAGAUGGCCGCUGGCAGCGACGGAUUGCGGCAACCGUGCAGGCGCGCCGUGGUGUGGCUAGCGGGCUGUGGUCUGCCCCUGGUGGCGUUCGAGGCACGGUCGCCGCCAUCCGUUGCUGUCCAGUGGGCUCUCUCGACAGAGAGGGCCGCUGGUAGUGACGGAUUGCGGCAACCGUGCAGGCGCGCCGUGGUGUGGCUGGCGGGCUGUGGCGGCGGGGUUGGCGACGCCCUGCAGCUGCCCCUGCUGCCCCUGGUGGCGUUCGAGGCACGGUCGCCGCCAUCCGUUGCUGUCCAGUGGGCUCUCUCGAAGGAGAUGGCCGCUGGCAGCGACGGAUUGCGGCAACCGUGCAGGCGCGCCCUGCCCCUGGUGGCGUUCGAGGCACGGUCGCCGCUAUCCGUUGUUGUCCAGUGGGCUCUCUCGACGGAGAGGGCCGCUGGCAGCGACGGAUUGCGGCAACCGUGCAGGCUCGCCGUGGUGUGGCUGGCGGGCUGUGGUCUGCCCCUGGUGGCGUUCGAGGCACGGCGCGCCGUGGUGUGGCUGGCGGGUUGCGGCGGCGAGCUGUGGCGGCGCCUGGCGACGCCCAGCAGCUGCCCCCUGGUGGCGUUCGAGGCGCGCCGUGGUGUGGCUGGCGGGCUGCGGCGGCGAGCUGUGGCGGCGCCUGGCGACGCCCAGCAGCUGCCCCCUGGUGGCGUUCGAGGCGCGCCGUGGUGUGGCUGGCGGGCUGCGGCGGCGAGCUGUGGCGGCGCCUGGCGACGCCCAGCAGCUGCCCCCUGGUGGCGUUCGAGGCGCGCCGUGGUGUGGCUGGCGGGCUGCGGCGGCGAGCUGUGGCGGCGCCUGGCGACGCCCAGCAGCUGCCCCCUUGUGGCGUUCGAGGCGGCUGUGCGGGGAGCCGUGACUGCAAAGGCUCCAAGGCGCACGGUGGCGGCCGUGGCGCGCUCGGCAACGAGGCUCGAGAUGCUGGACGCGGAGGCGGCGGCGCGCUUGCGGUGGCGGGCGCUCGAGGCCGUGCCCAUGGGCGUCGACGAGGGCUCGGACUUCAACGACGAGUGGGCGGACGUGCCGCCUUCGCGCGCCGCGCGGAGGCGGCUGCGGCGCACCGGCACGGAGGCGGAGGCGCCGUGCGCUGGAGCCGCUGCUGCUGGUGCCGCCGCCGCGGGAAGCGCUGCCGGUGCGGCGGCGGCGGCUGGCGGUGCGCUGGUGGCGUUCGCGCCGCCCGCGGGGGGCCGCCAGGCCGCGCUCCAGGCGGAGCGGGCGAAGCUGGAGGCCGCGUUGCUCCAGCGGCGCGCCGCGGAGGCUGGCCUGGGGCCCGGAGGCCGCGGGGGAGGCUGCGGGCCAGGGGGGUAG